UCAUGAUAUCAUUGCAUUGGAGGGGCAGCUGUCAACGAUGCACGUCCUUAUGUCCUUAUCUCCUACCUCCGGUCGAAGAUUUCGUCAAUUCUUCAAUUCACUCUACAUAUAUAGAUAGAACAACCACCUUCAAUUGAUAGUCAACAACCUCCAGUCUUCAAUCAGUCUUCUUUACAACAGACACAUACCUCAAAGACUUCAAUUGCUUCCAUAACUACUACAAUGGCCGACUACAAAUUCGAAGGAUGGAUGGGCAUCGAUGAGAACGCGGACAAAGGCAACAUGGUCUGGCAAGAAUUCCAGCCCAAAGCCUGGGAAGAAACAGACAUCGAUAUCAAAAUCACACACAGCGGAAUCUGCGGUUCUGACCUCCACACGCUGAGGAGCGGAUGGGGCCCAACUCCCUACCCCUGCUGCGUCGGCCACGAGAUCGUCGGCAUCGCCGUCCGCGUAGGCAGCAAAGUAACCAAAGACAUCAAAGUUGGCGACCGUGUAGGCGUCGGCGCACAAAGCGACUCGUGUCUGGGACGCAAGGGGUCCUGCGAGAAUUGCGCCGCCAAAUUGGAGAACUACUGCCCGCACUUCGUCGGCACAUAUGGCAUGCAUCAUUUCAACGGCGACAAGUCCUACGGCGGACACGCGCUGUACAAUCGCUCACCUUCACACUUCGUCUUCAAGAUCCCGGAUGCUGUUCCCUCGGCAUAUGCGGCGCCUAUGCUGUGCGCGGGCAUCACGACAUACUCUCCGCUGAAGCAUUACGGAGCUGGUCCAGGAAAGACCGUCGGAAUCAUUGGUCUUGGUGGUCUGGGUCAUUUCGGUGUGCUGUGGGCGAAGGCGCUUGGUGCGGAUCGAGUUGUCGCCAUCUCAAGGAAAGCAGACAAGCGAGCAACGGCAUUGGAUCUGGGUGCCGAUGAGUAUAUUUCUACGGAUGCGGAUGCGGAUUGGGCGCAAAAACAUGCUGGAACAAUCGACAUCAUCAUUUCCACGAUUUCUUCUUCUAAGAUGCCAAUCGGAGACUACCUCUCCCUCCUCAAACUCGACGGCACGCUCGUGCAGGUCGGAAACCCAGACGACGGCGUCUUCCAGGUCCCAGCGCUCCCGCUCAUUCUGCGACGUGUGACUAUGGGUGGCUCUGCGAUCGGAUCGCCAGCCGAGAUUGUCGAGAUGCUGCAGUUGGCUGCGGAUAAGAAGGUGACGCCGUUGGUCGAGGAGAGGCCGAUGAAGGAUGCCAAUCAGGCUAUGGUGGAUAUGGAUAACGGCAAGGCGAGGUAUCGGUACGUGCUUGUCAACGAACAACACCUAUAGUGGUAAUCGGGUAAUUGGAGCGAGGAUUAAAUGGGAUCGGGGGGUGCUGGGAUGGCAGUCAUUGUAGCAUUCGUCUGGUCCACUGAAGUCGUAGACGGGGUAGAAAAUAUAGAAUAGACACGAUAUUAAUGAUGUAC